AUGCAGGCGCGCUACUCGGUGUCGGACCCCAACGCCUUGGGAGUGGUGCCCUACUUGAGCGAGCAAAACUACUACCGGGCAGCGGGCAGCUACGGCGGCAUGGCCAGCCCAAUGGGCGUCUACUCGGGUCACCCGGAGCAGUACGGCGCCGGCAUGGGCCGCUCCUACGCGCCCUACCACCACCAGCCCGCGGCGCCCAAGGACCUGGUGAAGCCGCCCUACAGCUACAUCGCGCUCAUCACCAUGGCGAUCCAGAACGCCCCCGAGAAGAAGAUCACCCUGAACGGUAUCUACCAGUUCAUCAUGGACCGCUUCCCCUUCUACCGCGAGAACAAGCAGGGCUGGCAGAACAGCAUCCGCCACAACCUGUCGCUCAACGAGUGCUUCGUGAAGGUGCCGCGCGACGACAAGAAGCCCGGCAAGGGUAGCUACUGGACCCUCGACCCAGACUCCUACAACAUGUUCGAGAAUGGCAGCUUUCUGCGGCGACGCCGGCGAUUCAAGAAGAAGGACGUGCCCAAGGACAAGGAGGAGCGGGCCCACCUCAAGGAGCCGCCCCCGGCUGCAGCCAAGGGCGCCCCGACGGGGACCCCGGUAGCGGACGCGCCCAAGGAGGCCGAGAAGAAAGUGGUGGUCAAGAGCGAGGCGGCGUCACCCGCACUGCCCGUCAUCACUAAGGUGGAGACGCUGAGUCCCGAGGGCGCGUUGCAGGCUAGUCCCCGCAGCGCAGCCUCCACUCCUGCUGGCUCCCCAGACGGCUCGCUGCCUGAGCACCACGCCGCGGCGCCCAACGGGCUGCCAGGCUUCAGCGUGGAGACCAUCAUGACGCUGCGCACGUCGCCUCCGGGCGGCGAUCUGAGCCCUGCGGCCGCGCGCGCCGGCCUGGUGGUGCCGCCGCUGGCUCUGCCUUACGCCGCCGCGCCACCCGCCGCUUACGCGCAGCCUUGCGGGCAAGGCCUGGAGGCUGCGAGCUCGGCGGGCUACCAGUGCAGCAUGCGGGCCAUGAGUCUGUACACCGGGGCCGAGCGACCCGCGCACGUGUGCGUCCCGCCCGCUCUGGACGAGGCUCUGUCGGACCACCCGAGCGGCCCCGGCUCCCCACUCGGAGCCCUCAACCUCGCGGCGGGCCAGGAGGGCGCGCUGGGGGCCGCGGGUCACCACCACCAGCAUCACGGCCACCUCCAUCCGCAGGCGCCGCCGCCCGCCCCGCAGCCCCCUCCCGCGCCGCAGCCUGCCACCCAGGCCACCUCCUGGUAUCUGAACCACAGCGGGGACCUGAGCCAUCUCCCCGGCCACACGUUCGCCACCCAACAGCAAACUUUCCCCAAUGUCCGGGAGAUGUUCAACUCGCACCGGCUGGGACUGGAAAACUCAACCCUCGGGGAGUCCCAGGUGAGCAAUGCGAGCUGUCAGCUGCCCUACCGAGCCGCGCCGUCGCUCUACCGCCACGCGGCCCCCUACUCCUACGACUGCACCAAAUACUGACGCUCCCAGCCCGUCCUUGCCUCAGGCCCACACCGGCUUCGCCUCCCCGAUGGACCCUCUUCGACGGAGCCGCAGAAAGCGACGGAACGCGCCCCUCUCAGACCCGGGAGCAGAGAGCUCCGCGCAACUCGCAGGUAACUUAUCCGCAACUCGGUUUCCGAGAUUCCAGCGAGUCCCUCUAACGGGGACACAGCCCACCGAAACGAAAUAUCGAUUUUUAAAAAUUUCCUUCCCCUACCCGGAUACUGCGCCUGCUCCCCUUGGGGUUUCACAGAUUAGUUUGUGGACCAAAUCCCACAGGGACCCCUAAUGACUUUCUGUGGAGACUCCCCAGGGGCGCACGAGGUCUCUUUGGAUAGGGUGCCUUCUGUAAACGAGUGCGGAUUUGUAACCAGGCUAUCUUGUUGUUGCCCAGAGCCUUUAAUAUAAUAUUUAAAGUUGUGUCCACUGGAUAAGGCUUCAUCUUGCCCAACCGUUUCUGCCAAAUUGAAUUAAGAAACCAAUGUGGGUUUUUCUCCCCAC